AUGGCCACGCUGCUGCUCCUCUCCCUCCUGACCGGAUCGCUGGGGCCGGGGUCGGGAGGAAGCCCCCCGGCGUGCCCCGCCUCCUGCAAAUGUUCCCCUGCCUCCAGCAUUUACUGCAACAGAACUGGACUCAGAAGUCUGCCCAAGGAACUCGCGGCCUCCACCAUUUCCCUGAACCUGUCCAAUAAUUUCCUGCGCCUGCUGACCGCCGACGCCUUCAGCAACCUGACCCUUCUGAACAGCCUCUGGCUGGACCACAACAACCUGACGUUCUUGUACCCGGGGGCGUUCAAGUCGCUCUGCAACUUGAGGGUGCUCCAGCUCAGCCGGAACCCCCGGCUGACCUACCUUCACGCCAACACCUUCCAAGGCCUAGCGAACCUCAUCAGCCUGGACUUAUCCCACUGCAACCUCUUUGAGAUCCACCCGUUCGUGUUCACCCACCUGCCCUCGCUGGAAGCGCUCGACCUGACGGCCAACAACAUGCGCUAUCUCCCGCAGGCCUUCCGCAGCCUGACCGGCCUCACGAGGCUGUCCCUGGAGAGGAACCGCAUCGAGGCCAUCGGCAGGGACUCCCUGAAGGACAUGGAGGCCCUGAAGGAGCUGAACCUCCGGAGGAAUCGCAUCUGGACCAUCCAGAAGGACGCCUUCCUCCCGCUGGACCAGCUGGGCGUGUUAAAUUUAGGACACAACCGCCUCUCCGAUUUGCCUAAUCAGCUUUUUGCUGGAUUAACGCAGCUGAAGACCAUGCACCUGGAGGCCAACCGGCUGACCCGGAUCGGCUGCCCCUUCAGCAGCCUGCGCAGCCUGAGGAAGCUGUACCUCAACAACAACCGCAUCUUCUCCGUUGACGGCUCGGCUUUCUCCCACUUGGGGGAGCUGAACUUCCUUCACCUGAGCCGGAACAACCUGAGCCACCUCCCCAGCCGCCUCCUCGCGGGGCUGCCCAAGCUGAGGUUCGUCCUCCUGGCCCACAACCCCUGGCCGUGCGACUGCACCAUGCUGUGGUUCGCCACGUGGGUCCUGACCUACCAAGGGGUCGUGGAGGGCCCGCAGUGCGCCUCUCUGGCCCUCGGCAACAGAUCCUUCCCCAGCCACCGGGCCCAGGACGCCUUACCCAGCUGCCCUCCGCCCUCGGAGCCAGCUGAAGAGGACGACUGCAGCAGCGCCCGCCAGAAUGGGGCUGCUCAGCCGCCCGGGCUCUCCGAGACCCUGGGGGGCCUCCUGCUCUCCUGGGGGGCCCGGACAUGCCUGGCCGCCUUCUCCUUCCACAGGGGGCCGGCUGGAGCAGUGCAGCUGCAUUGA